GGCCAGCAGGGUUCACCGCGCAGCAUGUCGACAACCGCCAGACGAGACGUCGGCAGCGCUGCUCACGAUUAUAUUGUGUCUUAUCGCUAUUACUGACCCAUACCAGCUGUCAAGAUGUGGCUGGACAGGUUUGCAGCCCAGCAACAACCAGGCAGAAACAACUCACCACCUCCAUCGAACCGAUCAUCACCACUGCCCCGUCGCACCUCCAGGUCGGGUGGCAUCAGCCCCUAUACAACCUCCCAACAACAACGGCCAGGGAUAUCACCUAGAGGGUCUUCCCUGUCGCUUGUAUCCAACGAUUCCUCCUCCUCCCUACUUGCCUCUUCACGGCGCGCCAAUGGCUCCGCCCUGAGGCAGUCGACGACGGUGGACGAUGCUCCCGAUCCUGAGGAGGUGCUCGCCCGGAUACUGGGCCCGUUGUCUGUCGAUGUAUCGCCAGCGCAGCACAGCAGCUCGACUGGGAUAACGGAGGAAGAUUUGGAGUUGGAGUUUGACUUUGGUGGUCUGAGUUUGCGUGAGCUUGCUGAAAGUGACGAUGCCGACCAACUAGAAACGGUGGACACGUACAGACCACAGACGGUAGAAGACUUUGAACGAGAUAAAGCCAAAUUCGAAGAGCUUCACCGGUCCAUUCGAGCGUGUGAUGACAUCCUGAAUUCCGUCGAGACGAACCUGACCAGUUUCCGCAACGACCUCGCUGCUGUGUCUGCCGAUAUUGAGAGCCUCCAAGCCAGAUCGACCGCCCUGAAUGUCAGAUUAGAAAACAGAAAGGCUGUUGAAAAGGCCUUGGGGCCGAUAGUGGAGGAGCUCAGUGUGUCGCCCAUGGUGGUUUCCAAGAUUGCAGAGGGACACAUCGACGAAGCAUGGAUCAAAACUCUGGCCGAGGUGGACAAGAGAGCUAUGGCUCACAAGAAGAACUCGCAGCAACAAACGCAAAAUAAAGCGCUGGCUGAUACUGGGCCGUUGUUGGAGAAGUUGGUUCUCAAGGCCAUUGAAAGAAUUCGAGACUUUCUCGUGGCCCAGAUCAAAGCCUUGCGAUCCCCCAACAUCAACGCCCAAAUCAUCCAACAACAAAAUUUCAUCAAGUUCAAGGACCUGUUUGGCUUCCUCAACCGUCACCAGCCAGUCCUAGCAGGGGAAAUAUGCCAAGCCUACCUCAACACCAUGAGGUGGUAUUACCUCAACCAGUUCACCCGCUACGAAAAGGCGCUUCUAAGACUCAAGUUGCAUGUCCUGGACAAAAACGACGUCCUAGGCCACGACGACAGCCCCACCACCCGCCGAACCACUCUUCUAUCCUCCUCCAAACUCGCCCCCGGCGCCCCUCCGCACGAUGCUUUCAACCUCGGCCGGAGGAUUGAUGUCCUCAAAAAUAACAACAACCUGGCCAUCUCUUCUUACCUCGCCGAGGAGGACACCUCGACUCACUACCUGGAGACGGUGUUCAGAAACUUCAACCUGGCGCUGAUAGACAACGCCACGGCGGAAUAUACCUUUUUGGCAGGGUUCUUCUCCCCAGCCCUAUCGUACGGCACGAUAAGCAGGCACUUUACUCAGAUAUUCGAGCCCACCUUCUCCCUCGGGCAGCAGCUCACCCGACAGCUCGUGUCUGAAACAUACGAUGGGCUGGGUGUCCUGUUGUGUCUCCGGCUCAACCAAAAAUACGCGUUUGAACUCCAGCGUCGCCGGAUCCCGUCGGUGGACUCUUAUAUUAAUGGCACGGGCAUGGAGCUCUGGCCGAGGCUGCAGUCCAUCAUGGACGCGCAUCGGGAGUCGGUCAAGACUUUCACUAACGGUUUGGGCACGAAGCAGCCGACGGCUGCGGUGGCCAAGGCGGCGAGCGCGGCGCCGCAUGUGGUGACGCAGAGGUUUGGGCAGCUGUUGCAUGGGAUACUGGCUUUGAGCACGGAGGCUGGGGAUGACGAGCCGGUGGUGGCGAGCUUGAGGAGGUUGGGGGGGGAGGUGGAGAGGUUUUUGGAGGGGUGGAGCAGGACUCGGUUUGGGGAGGUGGAGGGACGGAAGGGGAGGAGGUUUUUGUAUAAUAAUUGGAGCUUGGUGUUGACUAUUCUUGGGGAUGUGGCGCUGGAGGGGGAGGGGAAGAUGGGAAGGGAGUUUGUGGGGUGGGUGGAGGGGUUGAAGGGGAAGUACCAGGAGGAUGGUUGAGGGGUGUGAAGUUGGUUGGUGGAGUGGAAUGGUACAAGACCUAGGUAGGUUUGUUAUAGUCAAAAGAAUGGGAUGUGAAUGAUAUUGGUUCAGCA